AUGGGCAAUACGUACUCUUUAUUCUUUCCCCCAAGUCCACAGUUUACCGAAGAGGGCCUCACCCCGCAGAAUGGGCGCGUAUUUAUCGUCACAGGCGGCUACUCGGGCGUAGGCUUCGAAUUGAGUCGUAUGCUCUAUCAAGCUGGCGGGUCCGUUUAUAUCGCUGGAAGAUCGCAAGAGAAAGCAGAAUCAGCUAUCAAACAACUCAAAGAACAAUAUCCCGAUGCAAGCGGCAGCCUGAGCUUUCUCAAAAUAGCACUCGAUGACCUGGAUUCAAUAAAAGAAGCAGCAGAAGAUUUCAAGUCAAGAGAGUCCAGGCUCGAUGUCCUUUUCAACAACGCAGGAGUAUCUAACCCUCCAGCUGGUUCAGUCUCAGCUCAAGGAUAUGAACUCAGCAUGGCAACUAAUGCUAUUGGGCCUUGGUACCUCACGCAGCUACUCGUGCCAAUUCUGAAGGAAACGGCAAAGAACCAGCCCCCAGCAUCAGUUCGAGUAAUCUGGACAGCUUCCAUCGUCACAGACCUCUCCGUCCCCAAGGGUGGAGUCAAGAUGGAAGAAGUCAUCAAUCCAUCCAAAGACCAACAAGUCAAUUACACGAAUUCAAAGACAGGAAACUGGUACCUCGCCAGCGUUCUAGCAAAUCAGAUUGGUUCUCAUGGUGUUCUCAGCGUUUGUCACAAUCCAGGAAAUCUUCACAGCAACCUGCUUCGCCAUAUGCCGUCGAUUGUUGGCUACAUUGUUUCGCCGCUUCUGUAUCAUGCUAAGUUCGGCGCUUAUACCAACUUGUGGGCUGGCCUCUCGCCAGAUUUGCAAAUUGAGGACGGAGGGAGGUUUAUUUUGCCUUGGGGGCGUUUCCAUCCGAACCCGAGGGCUGAUUUGUUAGAGAAUCUCAAGUCGAAAGAGCAGGGAGGAACGGGGACUGCUGCUGAGUUUGCGGAAUAUUGUGAUAAAGUCAUUGCAGACCACCAGUAG